AUGAGCUCAGUGGUAGGAGGUACUGCAAAACUAAACACUGGCUACGACAUUCCUCUACUCGGACUUGGUACUUACAAAAUCACAGGAGCAGAGGUGAAACCAACUGUGGAUAGAGCUUUGGCUUUCGGUUUCCGGUUAUUCGACACGGCAAAAUACUAUGUAAAUGAGCCAGAGCUUGGAGCAGCACUAGAGGAACUGCUUCCCAAACACAAACUAACACGUGGUGAUAUUUUCAUAACCACGAAAUUCCAUAUGAAUGCGGACGAUCCAGCUGGUGGAGCACGUAAGCUGGUAAUGGAAUCAUUGGAACGCCUGAGGACAUCAUACGUAGACAUGGUGAUGAUUCACUACCCAAAAGCUCAGCGAUGUAAUGACAAAGACGAGAAUAAUAAGUUGCAUAGGAAACUAAGUUAUUUGGAACUUGAAAAACUCAAAAACGAAGGGAAAAUUCGUUCAGUCGGCGUGUCAAACUACGAAAUUCGUCAUAUUGAAGAAAUCAAGGAGUACAGCAAGAUGGUACCGUGCGCCAAUCAAGUGGAGAUCCAUCCACACUUUACACGUGAAGAAUUGCGACAGUACUGUAAAAAAGAAGGUAUUUUCAUGCAGGUUUGUUAG